AUGAGCACAUUCCUAGACUUCUCGGCCAUAAGUGGUGGUGGAGAUGGAGGUGGCGGGGGCUCCUGCUCAGUCAGAGCGUUUCAUGGCGACCACGGACUUUCAACAUUCCAGUCAUCAUGUGCUGUUAGGGUAAACAGCUGCAGUGGGGACGAGCGGUACAUGUCCAGUAGAUCAUCACAAGACGCAGUUAACCCUCAGCCACAUCAAGCCGGCUCGUACCAGUCCCCCGGGACUCUGUCAAUUACCUACAGUGCCCAUCCAAGUUACGGGACUCAAAGUUUUUGCGCCGGAUACAGUCACUACGCCCUAAAUCAGGAUGUGGACUCGUCUGUGAGCUUUCCCCAGUGCGGCCCGUUAGUGUACUCUGGAAAUAUUUCCUCUACGGUUGUGCAGCACCGUCACCAUCGCCAUGGUUACAGUAGCGGUAACGUUCACCUCCAUGGUCAGUUCCAGUACGCCUCAGCCACAUAUGGUAAUAGUUCGGAUCAGGCAAACCUUACGUUUGUGGCGGGCUGCUCAAAUCCGCUAUCCCCUCUGCAUGUGGCUCAUCACGAUUCGUGUUGUUCACCUCUGUCCGAUGGCGUGUCAACAGGGCAUACAUUUGACUGGAUGAAAGUUAAACGGAACCCGCCAAAAACAGGGAAAGCUGGAGAGUAUGGAUUUGGUGGGCAGCCAAACACUGUACGCACCAAUUUUACUACAAAACAGCUGACAGAGCUUGAAAAGGAGUUUCAUUUCAAUAAGUACUUGACCCGCGCAAGGCGGGUGGAGAUCGCUGCUGCGCUCCAACUGAACGAGACUCAGGUGAAGAUUUGGUUCCAAAAUCGGCGCAUGAAGCAAAAGAAGCGAGAAAAGGAAGGUCUUUUGCCCAAAUCUCAGUCCGAAACGAAGGAUGGUCACGAAAAACAGGAGGACGCAUCCGAAAAGUCGCUCUCCGCACCACCUAGUCCCUCUCCAACUUCCCCAACUGUUGAUGCCUACUCCUCAAAUUAAAAGGCUCUCACGUUUGUUCUGACAACCUGUUAAUGAUAUUGCAGUACUGUUAGUGACUCUCAUGUCAAGGUUAUUGUCAAAAUCUUCAUGUGACAUCAGUACAAGUGUCAUACAGAGACCAGUGCCCAACUUAGAGAUUUUGACCACUCAGUAUUUACCUGUGCUACUUUGUGUUAUUGUGAAAUGACUGUUAAUUGUCUUGGGCACCUUGUCAAGCACCUAGAAAUAUGUUGGUUGUGCAUUUUCGUGCACAGUAAUAGCAAAUGCUGCACUUUUACACGUCUAUGGUCAGACUUGCACCACUUGUCAAAAUGCCUACCUCAAGAACCAAGAAAAAUAGUGCAAUAUAUUUAAAGGUUGUAUUAUUAAGAGAGACGAAUCAACUGUACUUUUCGCCAAAGGAUGGUUUAAACAUGGUGACAACUUUUUCUGGACAGUGCUUAGUGUUAACCCUGAUGUUGUGUAUGUGUUGUGAGUUUUGCAACAUGAUGCGCAACUCUUUAAAGUUGUCAUCUGUUCGUACUGAGUUUUAUCAGUCAAAGAUGAAGACUCCAGUCUCCUUUAGAAACAUGCUUUAGAAAACGAUC